AUGCUUCUACCAAGGAGACUGUUGAGACCUCGCCUUGCGUUCCUUAACUUACACUUUUGCCGUCUGUUACUGGGAUUUGGCCUUCUCUAUGGGCUCGCAGUCAAUUGGGCCCGCGCCCGAAGUUGGCGUGAUCCAACAUCGGCCUUUUUCGCAGAAGACAAGGCUUACGAGCCCGCCUACUCAGUCCAGCGUGGAGAGCAAGCCAAUGCUUUCCUAGAACAUGCCAACAAUAAUACCCUUCCCCUCCAUUUUCAGACCAAAGUAUCUGCGCAUCCCACGAUAUGUGUGGGGAUUACUUCGGUGGCACGGAGGGGUGCAAAUUAUCUCCAAGGCGCGGUAGGGUCGGUGCUGGAGGGCCUUACGGCGGCAGAGAGAGGAGAUUUAUACCUGAUCGUCCUGAUCGCGCACUCGAAUCCAGCAGAGCAUCCGGCGUACGUGGAGCCGUGGCUUCAUACCCUCGCAGACAAGGUUCUUCUCUACGACCCCGAUCGGGUGGAUGUAGAGCACAUCCGCGAAUUGGAAACCCCGGAGGCGAAGAGCUUUGCGCGCGAAAAGGGGUUGCUGGACUAUAUUUAUCUUCUGAGGGCGUGCGAAUCCGUUAAUACAUCCUACACUGUGAUGCUUGAGGAUGAUGUUAUUGCUCUUGAUGGCUGGUACCAUCGGACUAAAAACGCCCUGUCUCUUGCUGAACAACAGACCAUUGAGGAGGGUGUAGACAAGUGGUUAUACCUUCGACUCUUCUACACUGAACAAUUCCUUGGAUGGAACUCGGAAGAAUGGCCCGCCUACCUCUUGUUCUCUCUCCUUGCCGCACUGGGAGUGGUGGCCAUAGCAACGGCUAUCCGCCACUGUCGCCCAGCUACGACUGCAUACCUUCCAAACGAGAUAAUUGCUCUCCUCGCCUUCGUUAUGACUCCUCUCCUGAUCAUCCUGUUCUUUGCUGCCGGGAGGAUCACAAUGCUUUCGAUACCUGCAGGAGUGCACGAGAUGCCCAAGUUCGGCUGCUGUUCUCAGGGAUUGGUCUUUCCACAGUCUCGCAUCGGAGAUUUGGUAUCCUGGUACGAGUCUAAGAGAGCUGGGUACGUCGACAUGCUUACAGAAAUCUACGCCGAUGAGAACAACGAGAUACGUUGGGCGUUGACUCCUAGUGUACUGCAGCAUGUUGGGAGCAAGAGUUCGAAGACGAAUACGCCGGGGGAUCACAAACACCGACUGACGGUUUCCGAAACGAUCUGGAAUUUCAUGUUUGAGGAGAAUGAUAUGGAGCAGCUACGCCGGGAGCAUAAACAGCAGGCCGAAGCAGAAAUAUAG